AUGCGAACACGACAUCAAAUCUAUCGGGAUACCCUCUUUUCCAAAAACUACGACUCUCAGCCUGUUUCAAUUAAUGCCGAGCAGAUUCGCGAAUUGGCGAGAACCAUGAAUUUGUGCUUUGGAUGGGACCAGGCUUCAAUCAUGGGAAAUUGGUCGGCACCAAAUGUCAAGUUCCAUGAGCCGAUCAGAGGUGUAGGCAUGCGAUGGAUGCUCAAAAAACAAGGUUUCGAGGUGUACUUACUUGAUGAAUUCAAAACGUACUCGUGCUGUCCUGACUGCGGCGAUCCGUUGGAAAAAUUCAAGAAGGUGCCCAAUCCCGGGCCAUACCGACGAACGAAGCAGCCAGAAGUAUUAUGCCAUGGUCUGUUAAGAUGUACAAAUCAAAAAUGUAAACAUGAUCAUGGCUAUAAAUUAUGGAAUCGCGACUUGGCUGCAGUCCUUAAUUUCCGCAAGAUCCUGUUUGGUCACCGAGAUAACGAAAGGCCGACAUUUUUCAAGAGGAAGCGGUCCGAAGCGGAGGCCUCGAGUGGCAAGGUUCCAAGAAAUUCAUGA